CACGAACGCUGUGGUAGACGGGACAGAAAAAUGAUGUCACAACAUCCAUGGGUGAUGGAGCGCAUGCGCGUAGCAUCCUGUCCUGUUCGCACUUUGAUGCCUUCAUGAGCAGUCUGUAAAUAACAGUCUUCCAGAGUAGAGCUGCCUCUGAAGGCAGCAGGCUGGUCCUCCUCCUCUGAUUUUCCUCCGCACCUCCUCCGGCGUCGGAAGCAUCAGCCUCGGUGAGACCUGGACCAGGACCUGGAUCUGGACGGAGGCGGGCCUGGAUCUGGUUCUGGUUUCUGAUGCAGCCGUGUGAUGGGAGCAUCCGCCGCGAACGAUGGGCAACAAGCAGACGACCUUCACCGAGGAGCAGCUGGAGGCGUAUCAGGACUGCACCUACUUCACCCGAAAGGAGAUUCUGAGGCUUCAUGGACGCUUCCGUGAGUUGGCUCCACAUUUGGUGCCGCUGGACUACACCAACAACCCCGACAUCAAAGUCCCUCUGAGCCUCAUCGUCACCAUGCCGGAGCUGAAGGAGAACCCGUUCAGGGAACGAAUUGUGGAGACGUUCUCUGAGGACGGACUGGGGAACCUGAGCUUCAACGACUUUGUUGAUAUGUUCUCUGCUCUCUGUGAGGCUUCACCUCGAGAGCUGAAGACCAUCUACGCCUUCAAGAUCUACGACUUUAACAGGGACAGCUUCAUCUGUAAGGAGGACCUGGAGAAGACCCUGAACCGGCUGACCAAAGGGGAGCUGACGGCCGAGGAGGUCGCGCUGGUGUGCGACAAAGCCAUCGAGGAGGCCGACCUCGACGGAGACAGCAAGCUCUCCUUCGCCGACUUCGAGAACAUGAUCUCUAAAGCUCCAGACUUCCUCAGUAACUUCCACGUCCGAAUAUGAGGCGGGACCUGGCAGAGAUCCUGCAGACGGCGGAGGUCUCAUCCGGCCCGGUUCCCGUCUGACAGUGGGACUUUCAGCCCACUCGGGCUGGACCGGACCCGGUUCUGCAAAGCAGGACCGGAGGAAGUCCUGCGCCCCCGGGUCGUGGGCGGGCGGUCUCCCGUGUAAAAGCACACCUCUUAAGGGCACACAGUGAGGAGCUAUGCAAUCUUUCUUGGUGAUGUGCAUGUUGUACAUAGCUUCCAGCUGGUGGGUUUGUACUUCUGCUGAGGCGCGGCGUUCUCGUGACAAUCAUGCUAAACUACCGCUCAGCUGGUGGAAGGGCUCUCUGUUGUACGUCUGGCUUUGAUACUCCAGCUCUUUAUUCCUUCACACUUGAUGGUUUUUGGCAAAAGUCAAAUAAAAGAUUUUCCUGCUGCUUGA